CAAAAACUGUCAGCAGCUUGAGAUUUCUUCCAUCGCAAUGAGCCGUGCACGCAUUUUGAAAGGUGCCGGUGCUUUAGGAGCAGCUGCCUUGGGAGCGGGCUAUGUGCAGCGGCUCCCCAAGAAGGAAGAUCAUCAUCUUGCCUGGUCCCAAUCGAUGAGCACCCGACUCUACAGCGAUUUCGCGCUGCCAUGGAUCCUGCAAAUGGAUCCAGAGACUGCACACACCCUGACCCUGAGAUGUGGGGAGCUUGUGCAGGUGCUCCAUGCGAUGCUUCCCAACACGGUCCCAAUGCAGUGGCUGCUGAAGCCCGGCGUAGCGGCGCCGCAGGGGCCAUCGCUACAGCAGCGGCUCAUGGGCUUGGCCUUUGACAGCCCCGUCGGCAUUGCUGCUGGCUUUGACAAGAAUGCCUUGCUGGUGCCGCUGUACCGCAGGGGUUUUCUUGGCCUGGGCUUCGCCGAGAUCGGCUCCGUGAGUGCCAGGGCGGCGGCGGGCAAUGCCAAGCCUAGGUGUUGGCGCAUCCCCAGCGAUGAGGUGGUGGUGAACGCCAUGGGCUUGAACAACGAGGGCGCGGAGGCCAUUGCGGAGAAGCUUAGGAGCCUCAAGGUGGAGGGCCAUCAGGGGCGCCCUGUGGGGGUGAACAUCGCCAAGACCCACGACCCCAAUAUCCUGGGUGCUGCGGCAGUGGAGGACUUUGCCACGUCCUUCCGGCUGCUGGCGCCUCUGGCGGAUUUCGUGGUGCUGAACGUGUCGUGUCCCAACACCACGGAGGGGAAGACCUUUGAGGAGCCAGCGGCUCUGGCGGAGCUGCUGGGUGCGGUGGGCCGCACGCGCAAGGCGCUGGCGGAGAAGGUGCCGGUGCUGGUGAAGCUCAUGGCCACGGCGGAUGAUCAGGCCGGGCGUCAAACGCAACGUGAGUUGCUGCAAGUCAUUGAGGAUGCGGGCUUUGUCGAGGGACUCGUGAUUUCGAACACCGUCAAAAAUCCCGAGGCCAAACUCUCAAAGAAGGGUAGAGAAGAAGCCAACGCCAUCGGAAAAGGCGGCGUGAGUGGAAGGGUCAUCCACAAGCGUAGUGUGGCAGCUAUCAGAUCUGCUUAUCAAGCAACAGGUGGCCGCUUGACCAUCAUCGGAGUGGGCGGCACCGAUAGCGCCGAGGCGGCGUAUGAAAAGAUCCGCGCCGGCGCCAGCUUGGUGGAAGUUUACACCGGUUUGGUGUACAAGGGCCCAGGUUUGCUGGAAGACCUUCAGACAGGGCUUCAGCGUUUGUUGGAACGGGAUGGAUUUGACUCGCUGCAGCAGGAUUUCGCGCGGAAAGUGUUGCCCAAAUGGGACACGUGGCUGGGCAAGAAUCUGCUGGGAAAGAAGCUUUUGUAG